AUGAGCUCGCUUAGGGAACCUCUCGGCCUCUUGAAGGCGCUGUUGGCCCGCAUCCCGAUGAUGCUCAAGACCAUCCUCCUGCAUGGCAUUCAAAUGUCUCCCGUCAAGGGGAAACAGGACAUGCGCACCGAAUUAACCGUUGCCAUUAUUCGCUCAUUCAUGGGAACAAAAGCUCCACUCGGCAAAACCCAGAAACAAGGCAUACGCGACCCUGGAGUCAAGGGCCCCAUGUGGGUGUCCAAGGUGACCCUCCCACGGCCCGAGAUCGACGUGCGCGAUGCAGUACUACGCGCAAUCGAAGAUCUCAAGACCGGCGAUGCGACAUACGAUAUCCCCGCAACAAUCGCCGUCGAAGCCGAAUGGACCGGGUACCGCGCCGGAGUUGGAAAGAAAACACCAGAGCCCGAUCUCUCAGAAGAGGAGAAAUACCACAAGCUGCGCGAGGAAUCGCCGUCUGAUAUGACGAUCUUGUAUUUCCAUGGAGGAGCCUAUUUCCUUUUGGAUCCCUGCAGCCACCGCGUCCCCGUCGCACACCUGUCCCACCUAACCGGCGCCCCGGUCUUCUCCGUCCGAUAUCGCCUGGCUCCUCAAAACCCAUUCCCUGCUGCACUUGUCGAUGCCUUAACAGCAUACCUCUCACUCCUCCACCCGCCUCCAGGCUCCCUCCACAAACCCGUGCCAGCCAACAAGAUCAUAUUCGCUGGCGAUUCCGCCGGCGGGAACCUCUCACUAGUCCUCCUUCAAACACUCCUGACCCUCGACCGUGCAUCCCACACAAUCCGCUUCCACGGCGAGGAUGUGCCUAUCGAACUGCCCGCAGGCGUCGCAACCAUCUCCCCAUGGUGCGACGUGACGCGCUCCAUGCCGUCUACCAGCCGUAAUGCACACCUCGAUUAUCUCGAGGCACCGCUUGUGCCCUCCGACGACCCAGAUGUCAAGAUCCCGUUUACACCGCUCCCUUUCACGCCAGACGAUAUCUGGCCCGCGUCCCCGCCUCGCGCUGACAUCUACUGCAACGGCAGCGUGCUGAGCCAUCCAUUGGUGUCUCCGCUCGCUGCCCCGGCUGAGCUCUGGAAGAACGCACCGCCUAUCUGGAUCUCGACGGGCGAGGAAGGACUCACAGACGAGGGUCUUAUUCUAGCGCGCCGCGUCUACCAGGCCGGUGUGCCCCUCGUCGCGGAGAUGUUCGAGGGAAUGCCGCACUGCCACGGUAUACUUAUGAUGGAUAGGCCUGCUAGCCAUCGUUUCUUCGAGGGCUUUGCUGGGUUCUGUCGUGAUGCUGUUGCCGGCCGGGUCGUGUCAACGGGAAACCUCACCUGGCUGGGUUUCAAGCUGCAGUUGACAAAGGAGAUCCCGAUUGAAAAGGUCUGUGAAAUCAGCGAUGAGCAGGUUGAGGCCCUCAUGCAGAGGAUGACUGCUUGGAAGCUGGAGGGAGAGAUCGAAUUACAGAAACAAUGGCGCGCGACAGCGCGGUUGUGA